AUGACGUGGUCACCUCCCCAGUCCGGGCCCUUUGUGGCCCUUUUGGCCCUUCUUUUCCUCGGUUUGACUUCCAGCGUCCCUUCCGGCCCGGCCUCUGAUACCUGUGCCUCCCUGGAGCAGAGCCGCUUCUUCGGGCUGUUCUCUUCGACCGCCAACCUGCCCUCCACGCCGUGCUCCUGGACCCUGCAGAACCCAGACCCUCGCCGCUACACCGUCUACAUGAAGAUCACCAAGCCCACCGACUCCUGCCUGCCCCGCCAGGUCAAGACCUUCCAGUUCGACUCCUUCAUCGAGACCUCUCGCACCUACCUGGGUAUGGAGAGCUUUGAUGAAGUCGUCAGAUUGUGCGACGCUUCAACUUCUGUAACCUACCUGGAGUCCAGCAAGCAGUUCCUGCAGCUCCGCAAGGUGGCGCCAAGACACGGCCUGGAGAUUGUGGAGGGAGAGAGCAGCAGUGAGUUCAAGGCCGAGUUCCUGGUGGUGGGCAAGAGGAACCCCAGUAUGCCAGCCUGUCAGAAGCUGUGCCAGUGGCUGGAGAAUUGUUUGUCCACCAGCACCCAUCUCAACCCCUGCGGCAUCAUGAACACCCCCUGCCAGUGCUGGGAGACCCCCGUCAGGAAGCCCGGUGGCUGCUACCGUGGAGGCGUCUACCUGGAGAAGUGCAUCCCAACCCCCCGAGACACUGGACGUGAAAUUGUACGCGACGCCGAGAUCAUAAAGGGCUGGAGUGGGUGGGGCCGCUGGUCUGAGUGCAGUAUGGAGUGCGGGGGUGGAGUCCAGGUGCGCAGCCGAGCCUGUCAGCCAGAGGAUAGUGUGUGUGAAGGCGUGGUCGAAGAGGGGCGGGCCUGCAACCCUCAGCCCUGCAUUGGUCAAGUGCACAGCCGUAGCCAAGCCCUGGCUUCCAUCGUCGGCCUGAAAAGAGACAACACUGAUGUUCCUAUCACUGGAGUUGUGGCCCCUCAAACAGUGGACGCUGCUGCGGUUGCAGAUGAGUGGUCCCCCUGGAGUGUGUGUUCAGUGAGCUGUGGAGAGGGCUGGCAGGCCCGCUCCCGUUUCUGUGUUACCUCCUCCUACAGCACCCAAUGCACCGGCCCCCUCCGCGAGAACCGGCCCUGCAACAACACCAUGGUCUGCCCCGUUGAUGGAGCUUGGGACGAGUGGUCCCCAUGGAGCCUGUGCUCUUCCACCUGCGGCCGUGGUUACCGUGACCGCACCCGCACCUGCAAGCAGCCCCAGAACGGAGGAGAACCCUGCAAGGGACCCAUCAAACAGACCAAGUUCUGCAACAUCGCAGUCUGCCCAGUGGACGGUGCCUGGAACGAAUGGUCUGGUUGGACCACCUGCUCCACCUCUUGCUCCAAUGGCACCAAGCAGAGGACACGUGAAUGCAACGGGCCGUCCUACGGAGGUUCGGAGUGCCGUGGUGACUGGCGUGAGACCAAUAACUGCUUCCUGAAAGAUUGCCCAGUUGAUGGACGCUGGUUAUCAUGGAGCUCAUGGGGAAGCUGCAGUAAGACCUGUGGGGGAGGAAGCCAGCAGAGACAGAGGAUGUGCGAAGGACCUUACUUCAGUGGAGAGACCUGCCCUGGAGAGAGAGGAGAGCUGAGACGCUGCAACGAGAAAAGAUGCCCAGAACCCCAUGAGAUCUGUCAGGAGGAGACCGGUGGUGAUGUUGUGUGGAAGAGAACCCCAGCAGGAGAUAUGGCGGCCGUGACCUGCCCUACAGACUCCACCGGCAUGAUCUUGCGCCGAUGCACCCUUGGCGCUGUAGGCCUUGCUUAUUGGGAGAACCCGACCCACAUCAAGUGCAUCUCAAAGAACUACCAGGACAUUUCCUUGUUGGCCCAGCAUGGUGUUGAUAAGGCUCAGAAGGGCCUGAUGGCUGAUGGGAUUUCUGAGGUGAUCUCCCGACUGAGGGCCACCUCUGAUGAGGGGACCAAGUACAGCGGAGACCUGUUGUCCAUCAUGGAUGUACUCAGGAACACCACUGAGAUCUACAAGGGAGUCGGAUACAGCCUGAGCAAUGCUGAUGUGGAGAACUAUGCCCAGACAAUCAGCAACUUACUGAAGGAGGAACAUCAUGACAAAUGGGAGGAGGCACAGCUGAUGGGCACUAACAUCAAGGAGUUCUUGCAGCUUGUCGAGGACUUUGUGGACAUGAUCGGUAUGCAGAUGAAGGACUUCCAAGACAUUUAUGAAGUCACUGAGAAUUUAGUGUUGAGCAUCCAUAAGCGCCCCACAACCAUGACCACCGACUUCACCUUCCCAGUGAGAGGAUGGAGAGGCAUGAUGGACUGGGUCAGGACUUCAGAGGAGAAGAUCACUGUUUCCCGUGAUGCUCUGUCCAUCGACCAGUCUGAGGGCACCACUGCAUUUGUGACCGGGAUCAUUCUCUACAGAAACCUCAGCUCUAUCUUGUCCUUCCAAAGUAACAGCACCGUCCUCGACUCCAAGGUAGUCACAGUUAUGGUCAAGCCCACCCCAGGCCUGCUGUCCCCCCCAGUGGAAAUCGAGUUCCCCCACCAACAUAAUGACACCAUAAAUGAAACAUGCAUCUCCUGGGAUGAGAGUGAAACUUCUUCGCUGCUUGGAUCUUGGUCUGCGCGUAGCUGCAGAGCGGUCGCUGUUGAUUCAUUCAGAACCAAAUGCGUGUGUGACAGGCUCUCCACCUUCGCCAUUUUAGCGCGUCUAAACCCUGAUAUGAACAUGGAUAAGAAUCUUCUUCCCUCUGUGACACUCAUCGUGGGCUGUGGGGUCUCCUCUCUCACCCUUCUGCUCCUCAUCAUUAUCUAUGUCUCCGUCUGGAAGUAUAUCCGCUCGGAGCGCUCAGUGAUCCUCAUCAACUUCUGCCUCUCCAUUAUCUGCUCCAAUGCCCUCAUUCUGGUUGGACAAACCCAGGCUCGCAACAAGGUGGUGUGUGGUGUGGUGGCUGCCCUCCUUCACUUCUUCUUCCUCUCAUCUUUCUGCUGGGUGCUGACGGAAGCGUGGCAGUCCUACAUGGCUGUCACGGGCCGUCUGCGCAACCGCAUCAUCCGCAAGCGUUUCCUCUGCUUGGGCUGGGGACUCCCUGCUCUGGUGGUGGCUGUGUCUGUUGGAUUUACCAAGGCUAAGGGAUAUGGCACCGUCAACUACUGCUGGCUCUCUCUGGAGGGUGGACUCCUCUACUCGUUCGUUGGGCCCGCUGCUGCCGUUGUUCUGGUGAACAUGGUAAUUGGCAUCCUGGUCUUCAACAAACUGGUGUCCAAGGACGGCAUCACCGAUGUCAAACUGAAGGAGCGAGCGGGAGCGUCCCUGUGGAGCUCCUGUGUGAUUCUGCCCCUGCUGGCCCUCACCUGGAUGUCCGCUGUCCUGGCCAUGACCGACCGCCGCUCCGCUCUCUUCCAGAUCCUCUUCGCUGUCUUUGACUCCCUGGAAGGGUUCAUAAUCGUCAUGGUGCACUGCAUCCUGCGUAGAGAGGUCCAAGAGGCAGUGAAAUGCAGAGUUGUUGACCGUAAGGACGAUGGCAACGGAGAUUCUGGCAGUUCCAUCCAAAAUAGCCACCACACCCAGCUCAUGUCUGAUUUCGAGAAGGAUGCUGAAUCCAACAGACCCGGUGGUAUGAACUCCUCCUGUGAGGAGAAGAUGCCCCUCCCACCUCAGCUGCCCCUCCCCAUGAGCUCCAACUUCCACACCCUGCCCUCCCACACCACCAAGGCCCACAUGCAGGCCGUGCCCGAGUACUCCAGCCACACCCUCACUCUGAAGAGGGAGAAGAGUUGGCUGCAUGGCGGCAUGGACCCGUCCUCCUGCGGGAAACCCAUUUAUGUGUGCGACGGUGAGCUCUUCCAGCAGCUGGAUGCCGACCUGGUGUGCGGCCAGGCGGAGGGGAGCUGCCCCGACGGUAGCGGCUACUUGCUCCUGCCCAACACCACCUCCACCCUUCGCAAGGCCAAAGAGGACCCGUCCAAGUACAACAUCAGCGUGGAGCAGCUUCCACAGACCAGGCUGGUUCAUCUCAGUGGGCCCUUCGCUGAGCCCCAGGCUGCCUUCGGACUCAAGACGCUACCGUCCGACCGGGUCAGCGUGUCCUACUCGGAGAGGGACUCUCCCAUCCAGAACAUCCACAACAUGUCCAGCGAGUCUCACAUCACCCACAGCAGCCUGGGAGACACCUUCGACUCUAUGAACUCCAUGAUGUCCAAGAGCGAGACCAUCUCCACACUGUCCAUGAGCUCCCUGGAGAGACAGAAGUCCCGUUAUGCUGAAUUAGAUUUCGAGAAGAUCAUGCACACAAGGAAACGUCACCAGAACAUGUUCCAGGACCUCAACAGGAAAUUACAUCAUGCUGAGAAACAAGACCGAGAGUCCCCUGCUUCAGACAGCAAGUCUGUGAGAUGGAGUGUGUCCUCUGGAGGAAGUGACAAAACAAACCACAGCGACAAGCAGCAGCAACAGGUGGAGAGACCCUGGGAUGGGGUCCAGAGGACGCAACAUUCACCGCCUGCCUGGGUGCGGAAAGACCUAGAGCCCCUGGCCGUGUCGCCCCUGCAUAUGCAGCAGGUGGAGUGGGAGAAGGCUGGAGCCACCAUCUCAAUGGUCAGCCAGGACAUCAUUGACCUGCAGACGGAGGUCUGAGAGGAUGAGCCUGAGAUUGUUCCUUAUAGUUCAAACUCUGUCACCUAUUCUAUUGGUUUGGGGAGAAGAAGAGCCAUGGAUCCACAUGGAGAGAGGAGAGGAAGCCAAGAACGAACAAGCGAAGACAGGUGGGGGAAGAGAGAGCUGAGAGAGUGCUGAACCCAGAAUACAUGUCUACAAACCCUCGACAGAAGAUGGAGAGAGAUGAAAGGAGGGAAGCUAUUGUGUUGUCAAGAUUUGUUUUCCAGCAAGGACAUGAUAAUGAGCAACACUAGAGAAGCAUUUUGAUAUUGACUGGUGGUUAGUGUCAGAUAGUGACGGAUGGUUCCAAGGACUGGUUCUGGUUCUGUUUGUGGUCUGACCACAGAGGUUUCCUUUAAUCUUCCGACUGGGUUCAAGAGAGGUGUGGUCGACAUGGUUAACAUGCGGUCAACAGGCCACUUCGACUCGUUUUAAAACAGUGGGUUUCACUCUACCCCUGAGCUCUAACCAAACCGAACAUUUGUACUUUUGUGUUUGCGGCCAAGGCAUCUUCCAAGUUAGCUAGGACAAGGCAAGAAGAGACAACUGGACUCCCAUCAGACUUGGUGUCUGAACUCAACGCUGUGGUUUAUGGACACACCCUUUAAUUGCUGUGUUGUAGCUAUUAUUUUCUCGCUUCGCCAGGAAGUGCAUCUAAAGAGCUGCAAAGACUCUUCCAUGAGAACUCUCUUCUUGAGACUAUGAUGCCUAUACUGGAGACAAGGCUUGAUCAUGCUUACAGAGCAGAACAUUAUUAUUAUCAUGUUAUUAUAUUAUUAUUAUUAUUACCUGUAUUUUGUUUUAUUGUUUUAGCAUCGAUCUCAGUUUUCAAAAGGACUGCAUAGCAUUCAGACAGUCAGCGUGUUGGUGGGAACCCUGGUUAUGCCUGUGUUCUGCCUCCGCAGCACAUGACGGGCACCUGGAACGAACAUCAAGCUCUGUCACAGGAAGAGCAGUGUAUUCUAGGAACUGCUGAGCAGCAUCAUUAGGAAGUGUUGGACAAAGACCAUUCGAUUCCCACCUCCAGUUCCCAAUAAACAAGAGCCCCCGCUAUUGGACCUCUUUUCCUUCCUGCGACACACACAGCCUUGCAGAAAGAGCUCUAGAUCCCAGGACUAUAAGCUGUGAGGCACUUGCCAACGACAUGACUUCACUUCCGCAGUGCCAGCUACAAAGGACUCCGACACAACAUCCUUGUUGUUUUAAAACCAUCAGUGUGAAACUAGUGCAAUAUGAUGGGCGCUUGAUGCUCAAGCUGGACUGAUAUCAGAAUUAUAAGGCUGGUUUUUCUUAAGAUGUUUCAAUACUCUUUUAUAACAUGUUCCUCAUAUUUACAGAGCAUACAGAUAUUUUGUUGUGUAACAAAUGUGUAUUAGUAAUGAAACACAUUCAUUCAAUAGAGGUUUGCUUGUGUUCCGAGUGAAAGCACAAGACUACACAUUAUUUGGAGGUCUGUGAUUAGUAGAUUAUUCUAAUUCUAAAAAGCAAAUGUUAUAUAGAAUGAAUAAUAGCCUAUAAGAAUAUAUCUAAAAACAGUGCUUCGGGGAUAACUGUUUUGACUCCAUACCUCACUGUGUGGAGUAACUGAAACUCAUGUCUUCUGUAAUAGUGCGUUUUUGAUAAUCUUGUCAAUAUUGCACUACAGUAUGUGCCAAAAAUCUUUCCUGUCCCCUAUUUCCUUCCUAGCCAUAGUGCCCCCCUCUUGUUGUACAUGUAUAGUUUUGAGAGCACAAGAUGAAUGUGAUU